UUUCUGUUGCCUGGUCCUGAGGAAUCAUAACCAUGGAGGUUCUCCCCAAGACCCUGGAGGUUGAUGACAAGUUUCCAGAAUCCAAAGACCUACUCCCCAGUCAGACUGCAAGUUCUUUGUGCAUCAGUUCCAGAAGUGAGUCAGUCUGGACCACCACCCCCAGGAGUAAUUGGGAUAUCUACCGCAAACCCAUCAUCAUCAUGUCCGUGGGUGGCACUAUCCUUCUCUUUGGCGUGGUCAUCACCUGCUUGGCUUACACCCUGAACUUAGAUCCUACGAGUCGUAAUGUUCUUAAAAUGAUAGGUCCUGCCUUCCUAUCCCUGGGACUCAUGAUGCUGGUGUGUGGGCUAGUAUGGGUGCCCAUUAUCAAAAAGAAGCAGAAACAGAGACAGAAGUCAAAUUUUUUUCAAAAUCUCAAAUCAUUCCUGAAUUGUUGAUGGCAGUCUGCCACCUGGACUAGAAAAAAGAGAAUUGAUGAUUAACACAUAACAUCUC